UACCGCCGCGUGCCCUACCCGGUGCUGGCCAACAACACCAAGCUGCGCCUGGCCUACGACGCCGUGCUGACCAUCACCAUCGACUCGCCCGACGCCUCCUUCCACGAGGCCCUCGAGGAGGCCAAGGCGGCCUACGAGGUCCCCGCCAACAUCAACCCCGUGGAGGUCCACCCGCUCUUCACCACCAUCUACAACUCCAUCUACUUCCUGGCCACGGCGGUGGAGGCCACGCGCCGCAGCGGCCGCUGGGUGAUGGGCACCACCGUGGCCGACCACGCCCGCGACUUCCAGCUCCGGGGCUUCUGCCAGAACUUCACCGUGGACGAGGACGGCGACGUCUCGGUGCCCUACGUGGUGCUGGACACGGACGGCAAAGGCCACCACCUGUGGGCGGUCUACGGCCUGGAGCCGGGCACGCGCGGCCUCAGCUACCGCAGCCACAGCCCCCACUGGCCCCACAGCUCCAGCCCCGACACCGACGCCGGCUGCUGGUUCGACUCGGGCGCCAUCUGCAACGGCGGGCUGGACGCCGGCCUCGUGUUCUUCCUCUUCCUCCUCAUCGCCGCGCUCGUCGCUGCCGGCGCCGCCCUGGCCUGUCACAUCAGGCGCCGCCUGCAGCAGGCGCAGCUCCUGAAGGGCCCCGACAAAAUCAUCCUGACCAUGGAGGACCUGACCUUCAUCAACACCCAGAGCAGCAAACAGGUGGACAGCAGCCACGCCAGCCUGGCCGGUCAGAGCGGGGCCGACGCCAAGAGCGUGCGCAGCGCCGCGCCCGGCCCCGACACCACCAACGUGGCCGUGGCCGAGGUGAGACCCCCGGCCCCUCCCCCCGGCAGCAGCCACCUGCCCCUCGUGCUGCUGCUCUUUAGGCGGCAGGGCCUUGUCGCCUCCGCGCAGGGUGACUGGGUGUGGCUGAAGAAGUUCCCGGGGGAUCAGCACACGGAGGUGAGACCGGCCACCAAGCUGACCUUCUGCAAGCUGCGGGACCUGCGUCACGAGAACGUGAACCUGUUCCUGGGCUUCUUCCACGACUGCGGCAUCUUCGCCAUCGUGUCGGAGCACUGCACGCGCGGCAGCCUGGAGGACCUGCUGCGCAACCAGGACAUGAAGCUCGACUGGAUGUUCAAGUCCUCGCUCCUCAUCGACCUCAUCAAGGGCGUGCGCUACCUGCACCACCGCGGCGUCGUCCACGGGCGCCUCAAGUCCCGGAACUGCGUGGUGGACGGGCGCUUCGUGCUCAAGGUCACCGACCACGGCUACAACCAACUGCUGGAGGCGCAGCGCGUCCCGGCCCCGCCCCCGCAGGCGCACG